AUGAACAAACUGAACUUCCACAACAACAAAACCAUGCAGGACCGCCGCUGUGUCUGUGUCUUUUUGCCCAAUGAUGACACACUCAAUGUCAUAGUCAAUGUGAAGACUUUGUGCCAGGAACUGUUGGUCCAGGUGUGUGACCUCCUCAGACUGAAGGACUGUCAUCUGUUUGGACUCAGUGUUAUUCAGAAUAAUGAGCACAUCUAUAUGGAGCUGGAUCAGAAAUUGUCCAAGUACUGUCCCAAAGAAUGGAAGAGAGAAGCCAGCAAGGGCAUUGACCAGUUUGGGCCUCCAAUGAUCAUUCACUUUAGGGCUCAGUAUUACGUUGAGAAUGGUCGAUUGAUCAGCGAUCGGGUGGCCAGGUACUACUACUACUGGCACCUUAGGAAACAGGUUCUUCUCUCUCAGUGUAUCCAAAGGGAGGAGGCCUACUUCCUCUUGGCAGCCUUCGCCCUGCAGGCUGACCUCGGCAAUUUCAAACGCAACAAGCACUUUGGGAAGUACUUUGAACCCGAAGCCUACUUCCCCCCAUGGGUGAUAUCCAAGCGUGGCCGUGACUACAUUCUGAGGCAUAUCCCAAACAUGCACAAAGACCAGUUUGCCCUCACAGCUUCAGAGGCACACCUCAAGUAUAUCAAGGAGUGCGCCCAGCUUGAUGACGUCACAGUCCACUACUACAGACUCUACAAGGACAAAAAAGAGGUUGAAGCAUCACUUACGUUGGGUCUGACUUUACGUGGUAUUCAAAUAUUCCAGAAUGUCGGUUCAGUGAGGCAGCUGCUGUACGACUUCCCUUGGACCAAUGUGGGAAAACUGGUAUUUGUGGGGAAGAAGUUUGAAAUCCUUCCUGAUGGUUUGCCCUCAGCUCGUAAACUCAUCUACUACACAGGAUGUCCCAUGCGUUCUCGCCACCUCCUGCAGCUGCUCAGCAACAGCCACCGGCUCUACAUGAACCUGCAGCCUGUUCUCAAACAAGUCCGUCGACUAGAGGAGAACGAAGAGAAGAAGCAGUACAGAGAGUCGUACAUCAGCGAUGCUCUUGAGCUGGACAUGGAGCAUCUGGACAAGCGUUCCCGUGCCAGUGGCAGCAGCGCAGGCAGCACGUCUCACCACAAGCGUCUGUCUCGCCACUCCACUACCAGCCACGGCAGCUCACACACCUCCGGCAUUGAGGCAGACAGCUUCAGAGCCCCCGGUCAGGCCCCGCACAGGCCUCUGCGCACCUGCAGCUCAUCCACAACCAGCCACGGGAGCUCGCACACUUCUGGCAUCGAGAGCAGCGGCAAGGAGCGCAACCUAGAUGAUGAAGAGAUUGAAAUGCUGGUGGACGACCCCAAAGACUAUGAGGAGCUUCAUGAAAUGGCCCUGGAUCAGGAGAUGUGCAUCCACAUCACUGAAGACAUGCUGACGAUGUCACCUGAUCAGACCAAUGGAUAUUCAGGACUGAUUGUAAAAGAUGUUAGCUCCUCCACUUCCAGCUCCUCUGAGACUGUCGUUAAAAUGAGAGGACAAAGCAUUGAGUCUUUGCCGCAGACAUCUGCCUGCAGGAAGCCUCAGUCUUCGACCGACCGCCACAGCCAGUCACUAGAUGACAUCCGCCUCUAUCAGAAGGACUGCCUGCAGUGGGCGGAGCUCUGCCAGGACACCGCCCACAGCUACACGUUUGGUUGUGCUCAGGAGCUGAGAGACAGCGGCGGCGGCUAUCAAGGCCUGGCCGAUCAGCGUGCGGGCAUGCUCGGCGAGCAGCACCCGUUUCCCAUCAAGAGAACCAACAAGUACUUCUCUUUGGACCUGACCAGCGACGAGGUCCCCGAGUUUGUGGUGUGACGGAGGCACAAAGUAGGCGACCUCAGAGUGUCCUUUUCGCUCUUCCAUGUCAGACGUAGAGAUGUUUCAGGCCUCAGGGAACGAGAUGAGAGGAGCGUUGCAGAGCUGGUUUCUAUUCUUGGCAGCAAGCAGUAGUGAUGAGUAAACUGGCAACAAAUAAGCUGUCCCUUUUAAGCACCACUCGAGACGUUUCACCUAACACGUAAAUGAACAGACAUGGAGGAUUCUGUGUGAAAUCAGACUUUUAAGAGCAAACACUGGGCUUAAGAGAACCUUUUAAAAAAAUAGCCUGAACUGCACCCCUGAGUCAAAAGAAACAAAUGGGAUUGUGUCAUCUUUAAAAAAAAUAAAGAUUUUAUUUAAGUCAGCCUCCUCCGAACUGAUCCACUUCUUUGCAAAGUCAUAAAAAGUGUGCGUAAGCUUACAGCAGAUGCACAUCACAAGCUUUUCAAAGAUCUUCUGUGGAGGACACAAAGGACAAAAUCACGCUGAGCUACAAACCAAAGACAAGAUGGAAAUGAACUGAAACCACAUCUGUCUGUACGUCCACAUUUUUCCACAAGUGUGACAACAUUUUACAGUUGCUUUGAGAGAAGAUGGACCCAAAAUCCUCUGCGCAAGACUGGCCAUGACCCCUUCUUCCUCUCUUCUUCUUCUGCUCCACCACUUCAUUUUACCUCAACUGGCAGUGGAGUGGGCCCCCCCCCCCCUGACUGGACUUACUACUCAUGCAAACACAAACCCGAUGUGCCUUUAUCACACUAUGCAGGUGUCAGACUCGCGCCUUGACAAUCACACACUGACCCUUAUUCAGAUCCAAGCCAUCAGAAUUCAAGCUCUGCUUUAUUUUUAAACAGUGCACACACAUUUUCAGCAGGUCAAGCUCAUUUUUCACCAAUCAAAUGUCAAAAAAAAAAAAAAAAACAAUUCCUGAUUUCACAAUGUUUUGUGUCCUGUGAAAUUCAGCUGAGCUUCCCAGGAGGAAUGAGGGCGGGUGAGUUCCUACGUGUUCUGACUUGCUCUGAGUUUGUGGCCACAAAAGUUUCCCUGUAAUCUAGCCUCAAAAUGGAGCCCGACUGGCUGUCGGCCAAAACAAACCACACUUUGAUGCAUACAUAUACAUCUUCCUUUGACUCUUCAAAUCCUUCUGCUUCAGCUAUUGCUUUAAACUGGAAUUUCUUACAUUUUUUUUUCUAAAUCCCUUUUAUAUGUUGUAUUUUUGUAUGAACUAUGUAUGUUAAACACUUUAUCUGUGUACGGUUAAAGUCAUUCAGUAUUACAAUCCAGUGUAGGUGACAGUAUUAAGGACAUGCGGCUCUGAACAAGAAAGACUGGUUUUAUCGUUUUAAUCUGACAAUUUGAUUCAAGAGAUGUGAGGCCAUGGUAGCUGUUACAAGCUGUUACUCAAGAUUUCAACAUGCUAGAAGUGGCAGGAUUUUCCCGCCUGCGAUUUGUGGGGGCAGGUGGUUGUGGAGGCAGCAUCUUUUCAUCAGAAAUGGAGACUCUUUCCCUGAGCUAAUGUUUAAAAAAAUGGUCAUAAAUUAGGUGGGGGAAAAAAAAUCAUUGUUAGUUUUCUUUGGUUUCUUGGACACCAUCCUCUCAAGGCAGUAUUAGGGGAAACAUUGAGUGGUCUGAAUGAGGACGGGGCUGUGGUGAGAGUUAAAAGGGAAAAAAAAAAAAAAAGGUUUUUCCUGACCUAACAAAAAGUGACCCAAAUGGUGUAAAUGGUCAGAUACUGAAAAUCAUGAAUUAUAAAAAGCUGUUUUAUGAGGCGAUGUAGGUCACGUUGCUAUAAAUAUAGAACUACAGCUCACCUUAGCACAAGGACUCAGAAAACUAGCCUGGCUCUGUCCAGACGCUUCCCAGCUCCUCUGAAGCUCAUAAACACAUUAUAUCUUAAUCAUUUCAUUCAAAAUUGUGUUUGUUUGUCUACAAAGUUGUCUUGUAGACACGAGGGUGCAAGAAGUCUUGUCUGAUUUGCACCGUUACAGCGAAUAUAUCAGACUUAUUUGCAAACGUUUACAUGAUAAAUGAAGUUGCCAUUUUAAAAUUUAAACCAAACCGCAUCGAGAUCGGUGCUUCGUUCAACUCGGCUCCACCUUCUGUCCUCUCCUUUCUUUUGUCUUGUUGCAUUGAGCAAACAAAAACGAGGUGUUCAUGCAGUUAAACUCCAGCGACUUUUUUGAGCCAAGCUGUAUGACAUGUAAUUUUAUGUCUGUGCAUUUAUAGUUAUUUUUGGAAGAAUUUUCUUUUCAAAGUGUCCCCAAUCCGCUUUAUUUUUUAAACAUAGUGUAGCGGACCGCAUCAGAGUGAGGUUUUUAUGCAAUACAUAAUAAAUACAUGGAUUUGAUAAAGCUGUGUAAUUAAAAUCAACUUCUAUAUUUCAUACUAUUUGCUUCUUUAUCCAUUUAUAUAAUUACUCAUUAAUGGAAAAUGUCUACUUUGAUGGACAGCAGUGUUUCUUAUAUUAAAACAGCAUGUGUUAAGGUACAUAGCCAUACAUUCAUAACCCAUGUCCUUAAAGUCUUCAUAAUUUGCUCUAACUUACUUCUUUGGUUUCAAAAUAUGGUCAUACUUACACUUUGUAAGUCUGUAUGUCUGUGCCAUUAAUCCUUUCUGUGAAAGGAUCUCCGUGCAGGUAAAAAGAUGUUUGUUUUUUUGUCAACCUGUUCAAAAAAAAAAAAGAAAAAAAAAAAGAUUUGUUAUAAUGAAGUUUGGUCCGUGCCUUGUUGGUACUAAUGCCCUCAAUAUCCAAUAAAUAGGUACAUUUAUCUACCAGA